AUGAAAGAUGCUAAAUCAUACUUUCUAGGAGAUGGUGCAGGUCGGCAAUUCCGACGCAACCGGUGGAUAGCUAACGGCUCUCUUAGGCGUGCCGAAUCUCCAUUCUGGGCUGGUCGCAGUGUAUCACUCAAUCAAAGCUCCUCGAGAGUAUAUGGCUCAACCCCUGUCGUUGGUGCUGCAUACUCCCAUGCCGACAUCGUCCAGAGCGCAUUGUCUCACCAAAGAACCAAAACCCCGCCUCGGUUGGCAGGAAGCACCCACCAUGCUGGGUCCUACAUAACGAGCCGCUCGGCGAGCAUGGUCGCAUCACCACCUCGACAAUCAUAUCCUGGAUUACAGGCGAAUAGCUCGAAUGAGUGGGGCCGUGAUCCAGUGGACGACGACGAUCAAGAUGACGACGAUGACGAUGACGAAAUAAUUUAUGAUGACGACGAAGACGAAUUCGGAUUGCCUAGUCUUGCCAGUAUGAGACGGAAGAAAAACACGUCUUUGAAGUCCGGAAACAUUGACUUGGACAUUUCGACGAAAGGAAACCCUUCAUCCUUGGGAUACGGACUUGCGGCUGCGUCAAGGCAGCGCGCCAACAGCGCCGAUAUUGCUGAAGAACGCGGAACACCAAUGUACCCAACUGCGCGAAAAACGGAAGGCAAGAUUUUGCGACCACAGUACAAAGAUAUUCUUCAAGAUCCUGCGAAUGCGCUCAACUUGAUUAACCACUCAGCCCCACCUACCAAUGCUUCUCCAAAGGAUAGAGAGAUUCACUCUAGCCGCAUAACUCGCAUUAAUAAGUUCAAGCGCAUUCUACAGGCGAGUACGGUAUCGCUCACCGAGCUCCGCGAUCUGGCAUGGUCUGGGGUCCCUGAGGAAGUGCGUCCAAUGACUUGGCAGCUACUGCUUGGAUACUUGCCCACGAACAGCGAACGUCGUAUCUCGACCCUUGAGCGAAAGCGCAAGGAGUACCUCGACGGAGUGCGCCAGGCAUUUGAACGGGGCAGCGGAACCGCUGCGAAUCCGCCCACUCCUGGCGCCGGACGUGGACGAGGUCUCGACGAAGCCAUCUGGCACCAGAUCAGCAUUGACGUUCCGCGUACGAGUCCGCAUAUCCCACUCUAUGGAUACGAGGCCACGCAGCGGUCCCUUGAACGCAUACUCUAUGUAUGGGCCAUCCGCCAUCCAGCAAGUGGCUAUGUCCAGGGUAUCAAUGAUUUGGUCACCCCGUUCUGGCAGGUAUUCCUAGGAGUAUACAUCACUGAUCUCAACGUCGAGUCAGGCAUGGAUCCUGGUCAACUGCCGCGGAGUGUCUUGGAUGCUGUCGAGGCUGACACUUUCUGGUGCCUGACCAAACUACUCGACGGCAUUCAAGAUAACUACAUCUACGCUCAGCCCGGCAUUCACCGCCAAGUGAGAGCUCUACGUGACCUCACGAAGCGCAUUGAUUCCGCGCUAGCCAACCAUCUAGAACAAGAAGGCGUGGAAUUCAUGCAAUUCAGUUUCCGAUGGAUGAAUUGUUUGCUUAUGCGGGAAAUGAGCAUUCGGAACACGAUAAGGAUGUGGGACACGUAUAUGGCCGAGGAGCAGGGCUUCUCUCGAUUCCACUUGUAUGUAUGCGCUGCCUUUUUAGUGAAGUGGACCGACCAACUUGUCAAGAUGGACUUCCAGGAGGUUAUGAUGUUUCUACAGGCACUACCCACAAAGGACUGGACCGAGAAGGAUAUUGAGCUCCUUUUGAGCGAGGCCUUCAUCUGGCAAAGCUUAUUCCAGGAUUCACGCGCUCAUCUUCGGCCAACAGGAAAUGAACCUCCUGAGAACGGUAUCUUCUAUUGA